AUGGCUACCCUCAUUCAAGGAAUCCUGCAGUCCCUGAGGAUUGUCGGUGAGGAGGCCCUGAACCCGACCCUUCUGGUCUUAGCUUUCGCAUUCCUUGCCUAUGGCCUGCCGCACCUCAUUGUCAAAAUCACCGGUUCUGAGUUCAUCGCACGCUGGCUUGAGGUCUUUGGUCUCAAGGCAGCUCUAAAGGUCUCCCUCGCUCUUGGGAUCGGUCACGUAGCGAACCGAAUCCAAAAUCUUCGUGCAAGUAACAACUGGAGCAUUCUCGGCCGAGGAGAAUGGGCCUGGUCGGAAGAAAUCGCCGUCGUCACUGGUGGGUGUAACGGCAUAGGAAAGGCCAUCGUUCUUGCCCUUGUACGAAAGGGUGUACGAGUUGCCGUCCUCGACGUUGCAGGCUUUCCGCCAGACCUUGCACAGAUUGAUAGCGUCUUUUACUGGAAAUGCAACAUCGCUUCAGCCUCUUCUGUAGCAGAUGUUGCUGAUAGCAUCCGGGACACCAUGGGCCACCCCUCCAUUCUGAUCAACAAUGCUGGUAUGGCGAACCGAAGCUCCAUCCUUGACGUGACCCCGGAAGAGGCUUCAAAACUCUUUGGGGUAAAUCUCAUGGCCCUUUGGUACACGGCCAAAGCAUUUUUGCCAAAUAUGAUCCUGGACAACAAGGGACAUGUUGUCACGGUCGCGAGCAUGUCCUCCUUCAUCUCGCUGCCAACCGCCGUUGACUAUGCAGCAUCAAAAGCAGGCGCACUGGCUUUUCACGAGGGACUUGCCAGCGAAAUCAAGCAUCUCUAUAAAGCGCCUGGCGUGUUGACGACGGUGGCUCACCCUAUGUGGGUUGAUACCAACAUGACCAAGGAUCGUCAGGAAGCCAUUGAGCGAAGCAGUGGGAACAAAAUGAUGAAGCCCGAGGAAGUAGCCCAAGUCGUGACGGACCAAAUCUUUUCUCGCCACGGCGCCCAGCUCAUUAUCCCGCCCAACGUCACAUGGUUGUCUGCAGUAAAAGGGUUUCCCAACUGGCUUCAGGAGUUGAUCAGGGACUCGAUCGCCAUGACACCGUGA